AUGGACGCAGCACCCAAACCCGUCCCCGAGAUCAACUUCUCAACCCAGGGCCGUGUCGCCAUAAUCCGCAUAAACCAACCCAAGAAGCUCGGCGCCCUCAGUCAAGACCUCUUCUUCCACCUCUCCCAACUAAUGCGCCACAUCGAUGGCCGCGACGACAUCUUCAUCACAGUCCUGACAGGCACAGGUCGUUUCUUCAGCGCCGGUGCGGACGUCUCGUCCACCGGCCAGAACAAAGGUCCCGCCGACCAACAAUUCAAACAAUGGCUCCAAUCCUUCGCUGCCUACAACCUCAACAUUACCCAGGCCUUCUACUCGCACCGCAAGAUCCUCGUAACCGCUAUCAAUGGCCCCGUCGUAGGGCUUGCUGCUGCUUUGGUUGCAAUGUCUGACUUCGUCUACGCUGCCCCUCACACCUACCUCCUCUGCCCUUUUACAUCGCUAGGAUUGGUCGCUGAAGGCCUCUCAAGCCGGGCGAUGUUGAAUCGUCUCGGUCCAGCUCGGGGUCCAGAAGCACUAUUGAUGUCGAAAAGGAUAAGUUGUGAAGACCUGGUGGGCUGUGGGUUUGUCAACAAAGUGUUUGAGACUGGGAAGGAGGACUGGGAGGGAUUUUUGGGGCAAGUAUUAAAGGAGGUGGACGAUAGGUUAGGAGAACACCUGGUUCCGGAUAGUCUUGUGAGGAUCAAGGCGUUGAUGAGAGGGCCGGAAAGAGAUCUGUAUGAUUCGCUGGGCGUGAAAGAGGUGUUCAGUGGUCUCGAAGUCUUUAUGAAGGGAGUCCCGCAGGAGGAGUUCAGGAAAGUAGCGAGUGGGGAGAAGAGGCAUAAGCUGUAG